GGAAUGAGAGCCGCGAAGCAAGCAAGCAUGAGGUUUCCACUUUUCACUCUCCCCUCAGCAGCAGUCAGAUGAGUCCUUGCAGAGAUACAAGAGAAGUGCCUUCUUUCGGUGACCCCUGUGGCUGCGCCUCUGCCUCUGUGCCUGUCCAUGUCUACCGGAGUUGCGGCCACGGCAGAAGCCCCGGGACCGCCAAACCAGUCGACUUAGCCAGUCAUCACACCACUGACACCGUCCUUCUUCCCUCCAUCUCCUGCUCUGUCUGCCAGACCUCUCUCCAUCCAUGCCACUCUGCCCUCCUCUGUGGAAGUCAACCACUCCCCCAUCAUCUGCAGACAGAGCCCGAUACUGAAGGCAGCUUUUAUCGGCUCCUGUGAGUGGAAGGAGUCUCUGUGCUGUCUUGUCCACAACAGCCUUCUUCCUCGUCCCACUCCUCCAUUUCAUCUUUUUCCUCCUUCCUCGUCUCCCGCAGCCUGCAUCUUUUUAUCAUGGGCAAGCUCAAUCGAUAAUGUGUUCUGCCAUUCAUCUCAUCUGACAGUUGAGCCGAGGAGCGAGGCAAUAGACAGAACAGGUGUCUGUGUGUGUGUGUGUGUGUGUGUGUGUGUGUUUGAGAGAACGACAGAGAGAGAGAUUACAAAGCAAACCCCUUUGGCCAUCACCAGCCAGGCCCUUGGUGACAGGUGGUGAAGGAUUCCUGUUACAGCCACAAACAGACUCAAAGGAUGGGCCGCAGGUGGUAGGCGAGUCCCAGGCCUCACAGGCUUCACCUCAGAAUCAAAUCCUGGCGACCAAAACCUCUUAAAACUAGCCUUUUCCCAUGUCCUUUACCUAUUCGUUCUCAUCAUUUGCCCCAGUGUCAUUAGAGUCAUACAGUACAGACGGACAUCAUUGCAUUUCCUGGAUAUUUAUCCUCUCAAUCGCCCCCUCCCGCCUGGUUCAAUAUGGCGAUGAAUAUGACGCAGAUCCGGGACACAAAGUGGCUGACAUUGGAAGUUUGUCGGGAAUUCCAGAGAGGAACGUGUUCCCGACCGGACAGCGAGUGCAAGUUUGCCCACCCUGCCAAGAGCUGUCAAGUGGAAAACGGCAGAGUCAUUGCUUGUUUCGACUCACUCAAGGGCCGCUGUUCCAGGGAGAACUGCAAGUACUUGCAUCCUCCCCCCCACCUAAAGACCCAGCUGGAGAUCAAUGGAAGGAACAACCUCAUCCAGCAGAAAAACAUGGCCAUGCUGGCCCAGCAGAUGCAGCUCGCCAACGCCAUGAUGCCGGGCACCCAGCUACAGCCAGUGCCCAUGUUUUCAGUCACACCCAGCCUUGCAACCAAUAUGAAUGCUGCUGCGGCAUUUAACCCCUACCUUGGCCCUAUGUCGCCCGGCCUGAUGCCCGCAGACCUCUUGUCCAGUGGCCCCGUACUGGUCACCAGCAACCACAGCAUCCCCGUACCAGCUGCUGCUGCUGCUGCUGCACAGAAACUCAUGAGGACAGACAGACUGGAGGUGUGUCGGGAAUACCAGCGGGGUAACUGCACACGUGGGGAGAACGACUGUCGCUUCGCCCACCCUUCAGAUAGCACUAUGAUUGACACCAACGACAACACAGUCACUGUGUGUAUGGACUACAUCAAAGGCCGCUGCUCAAGGGAGAAGUGCAAGUACUUUCACCCUCCGGCUCACCUGCAGGCCAAGAUCAAAGCCGCCCAACACCAAGUCAACCAGGCUGCGGCGGCUGCAGCCAUGGGGAUCCCUCCAAUGCCUCCUUUACCAAAGAGACCUGCACUUGAAAAAGCCAAUGGUGCCACCCAUAUGUUCAAUGCUGGUGUGUUCCAGUACCAACAGUCCCUGGCCAACAUGCAGUUUCAGCAGCAGGGUGCCUUCAUACCAUCAGGCUCGAUAUUGUGCAUGACACCUGCAACAAGUGUCGUACCCAUGAUGCACGGUGCUAAUGCAGCCGCCACAUCUGCCACAAGUGUUUCCUUUGCAACGGCAACAGCCAAUCAGGUGGAAAACUGGAGCGCGCUCAUGUCGAGUCCAAGAUUUGCGGUCACCCCUCAUGCCUGUAACAUCAAGAGCAACACUCAGAACCAAUCUAAAUUGGUUUGGGAUACAUCUGCAUGUUAAUAUAGGAGGCACAGUUUGUAAAGAUUGUUUUCAUGUGUACUUCAUGCACACUAUUACACAACGACAGAAAAGAACAUAAUUUGCAUUACUGACUGCCUUUCGCUCUGUGGAGGCAACUAACCUUUAUUCACCGGACACACUUUGAAUGUUAACAUGAGGCAACGGAGUGGAAUAGUCGUCAAACACAUCGACUGGAUUGGUACAUCUAUAGACCAAGAAUCAUGACGUGUGGCUUUUUCGUUUAUGGGCUGGUGUUCUUUGACCUAAAUGUUUUGAAUUUGUUUACACAAAGUUGCACCUUGUAUUUAAUUUGAGAUAAAAGAAAUGAAUGAUCCGACUGAAUCACAUAUGCAUGCACAAUGACUUUGUUUGUGAUUUUAUUUCGUUAAACCAGUGAUGAGGGAAAUCACGUGAGUGCACUAAGAGGCAAAAUGGCAACUGAUUGUCUGUUGUCUAUCAAACCCUUGUAGCCUACCUUUCUAUAUCUAAAGCACAUGUCUUCACCCUUGCAGGCCUCCCUGUAGAGUACCAUACAUCUCAAAACACAUGAAUGGUAUUAAAGCAGUUUUACGAAGCGUUAAACCCAACAAUUCCCUUUAAUACGUCUGUUUUGUCUCUUGAACAGCAUGUAGUGUACAUUACUGUGACCUUUCAUUUCCUGUGAUUCCCAGUAGCACCACUGCUGACUCGAUAACCUGCUCCAGAUUAUCUGCUUCACUCAAAUCUUCUACCCGAAUGAAUCGGUUUUUUGGUUGUUUUUUUUGUGUCUCAGACUUUGUAGUUGAUGUCAGUUGUUUGGAUAGGAAAUGACUGGAUCUCUCUGUGGGGUCUUGGCCAGUGCGGGAGCCCAAAAGCUCACAUUGAUGAAGAUGUUGCGAUGAAUAGCUCUGAAACCACAGGGCAAUCAGUUGGUAUCCGAACUGCUGUGAGACCCAAGUCAAGAUCGACGGUGCAACUGGUGAUGGAUCCGUAUGACCUUAUUUGUUCUUCAUUUGUAUGGUCAUGCAUAUUUUAAGGCAGAUCGCCAAAGUAGAUUCAGCUUAGUGUAUAUAUAGUCUGACAUAUUUAAAAAUAUUUGUUGAAUACGUCUACCUGAGAGCUGUUUUCAGAUAGUCAGCCAAAGUCUUUUUGUGUCGCUGUUACUAGAUAUCGUGGGUAGACUAGUGGGACUAAAUUGAAAAGAUGUGUGGGCCUCACAAGCGAGCUCGCAGUAGGAUCAGGUGUAUAGAGUAGAUCUCUAGAAAUCUUUGUUUUUGUUGUGUUCUGGGUGUUCUUCAGGCACAUUUAAUCGGUGGAUAAAACAGGGAAAGUGGCAAGAAUAUAAACGAUUGUAUUACUCAUCCAAAGCCUUAGAAUGUACCAUCGGGUCAGCACAAUGCAACAUGCCAUGUUGAACCAUCCAGUUGCCUAAUCCACGCCAUAUUUACUUACACACACAGAGCACUAUGUUAUUGUUUUUUCUUUAGAUGAGGAGCAUUUUACUUUAUGUAGUUUGAUGAUAUGUUGAUAUUUAGUUAGGAUUUUUAGUUUUGCUCAUUAUAUUUAUCCUUCUUAUGAUGAACAUGAGGUUAAAAAAAAAGUGUGUUUGUGUGUCGUCUUGCACAGUUUGCUGAAAUUCCAUGUAAUGUUAAUUUUAGUAUGAUUACGAUUGUAAACUCAAUAUUUUCUACGUUAUGCAUAUUGUUGAACUGUAUGCAUAUUGUUAAUUUCUCUAAUCUAUUUGUGUUCUUUGAACAAAUAUGUUUUAUAUGAGUAUCUAACAGUGAUGAAAUAAUAGAACAGAGAGGCUAAGUUGUCACUGUGGCAACCAUCACCGAUAACGGAGUAAUAUUUAACGAGUUUAAGGUUUUGUAACUAGUCAUAUAGAAAAAAAAAGACAAUUGUAAAAAUAUAAUU